AUGGCCGUGGACGAUGAGAUGUCGCGCUGGUUCCUCCCCUGGGGCCUGCCCCUCAGGAGCGGUUCUGGGUACAGGGUAACCCCGAGGCCGGACGAGCCCGUCUAUGUCACCGGCGCUUACCUGCUCGACUCCGAGAGCGCUGUCGGCCAGGGCGCCGUGGACGCCUGCGUCCAUAUCGACACGCGGAACCUCCUUAGCGCGUUGCUGUCGGCGGAGAACCCCCGCGUGGAGCUACAGACACCGGUGCGGCUGGAGAUGGAUAAGGAGUGUUGCUUCCACGUGGUGCCGCAUGGAGGCGAUUCCGACGCCGAAGCAGACACGGACGCCGAUGCUGACACUGGCGCAGAUUUCGACGCAGAUGCCGAUGAUGACGCCGACGCCGACGCGGUUAUCGUCAGGUUCGAGGGUUUCCUUGUUACUCGGCAACCUCUUGACACAGAGGAGGAGGACGACGACGACGACGAGGCGGAAAAGGAGGAGACUGGCAGAGACGACGACGACGAGUACGAGGAGAAGGAGGAAGAAACCGACGGCGAGGUUGACCAAGACAUGGCCAGGGCGAGCAGUGCCGGCGGCAUCUCCAAGGACGCUCGGCAGGUUGUAGCCAUAACUAUGGCAUUCUUAGGCAUCCUUUUGUCUGUCUCCAUGUUAGCAUUCCUCGGAUUGAUAAUGUAA